AUUCCACAAUAUAUUUUAGACUAGAUACAAUUUUAAUACUAUUUCUUGGAAACCUACACUAACGUGGGUUUGAAACUGAAACAGUUGAUAUUUAUACGGUAGUCUAGUCUGCAUUCACAACGCAGUAAGAAUGGCGCCACCGAAAGAAGAAAAUGGCGACGAUGCACAAUCAACCACUCCAGAAUACCGGGACCGUUUACGAACUUGGCUGAUUAAAAUGAUCGACAGUGGAACCAUUCCCGGACUAUACUGGGAAAAUGAAGAAAAGACCAUAUUUCGUAUGCCAUGGAAACACGCAGGUCGACAAGAUUACAGCCUUGAAGAAGAUUCAAGAAUAUUCAUGGCUUGGGCGAUUCACAGCGGCCGGUACCGCGAAGGUAUUGAUAAACCAGAACCUAUCAUUUGGAAAACGAGACUACGAUGCGCUUUAAACAAAAUGCCGGACAUCCGGGAGAUACCGGAACGAAGCAGACUUGACAUCAGUGAACCAUAUCGAGUGUACCAUUUUCUCCCACCAGUGCACAAAGACACACAGAUAAGGCGUCGUUUACAGAGAAGACAUUCUCAAGCUCAAAACUCGGAUUCUGCAAUUAUAACGGCAGCACAAACGUCACCAACUUAUGGGAAUUGUCAAACAAGAAAGGAUUUGAAUUCAGCGAGGCAUGCGGAAUUUCAAGGCUCGCGUUUGGAGAAUCGAACGAGUGAAAAGAUGCAUGGAAUCAAUCACGUUGAAUUUAACCACAGGCCGCGUGUUGAUGUAAGAAACCCAACACCUUGGUUGCGUACUCCUACUCUCGUUCCAGGGACUGAAAACCCUCUUUUGCAAGGACUAAAUCUGAAUUGCCUAACGUCUCCACUAGGCACAAGAAACUUUGUUAAUCCAUAUAACUUCCUUUCUGUCGCUCAUAGAGAUCUUCGUCAGCGACCCGAAUUUGAUUUCCCGCUUCUUUCCUAUCCCCAUGGAACUAUACUUGACCAGCAAGCAUUGCAUCCUUUCAUCAUGCCAUCGAGCUCCAUUGCCACCGGUAUUCCGUCGGCUUCGGCAAAGGCCAUUGGGGUAACCUCCCCCUUUAGCAGAAAUUUGUCUCUAGCAGCCAUGGCAGCGGGCGAUUUCAUGAAAAGAAAUGCUAAAACAGGCAAAGCAAUAAUUGGCGGGUAUUCCGCAGAUAGCAUGCGCAACAUGGAAGAAAAACGAUCAAUUCAUCAAGAAAUCAGCUUAGGUCACCACCAAAGAGGACAGCACUCUCCCGAAAGAGUUAUGACAAAAUUAAGAUCGGAUGAAAACGAAGAAGAAAAAUGUAAGAUCGAGUUACUUGAACUUGAACUAGCAAAGUGGAAACGUGCUCACGACAGAGAAAAAGAUCUCCGCGAAUCUUUACAAAGACAACACGAACAUUUAAAGCGCGCUUUAGAAAACAUGGGAGGUGAUUUACUCGCUAUGAUCAUGAGAAAUUAUUCAAUGAAUGAGGAAAAUGGAAGUAAUGAUAAAGAGCGGGCUUCAAUGUUAAAUUCUCGUCGUGAUGCCACCUCACCCGCCACAUUUAGAAGGAGAAGUGCUGGGGACGCACAAACCUCUUCUACCUCAUCGAUAGGGGUGCAGUCAAGGGUAGCUCGAUAUUCUGAAGAUGACAAACGAUUUAGAAGUCCACUGAAUGGAUACGAAUCUCCUGUCCGGGAUAAUAAACCAAGUGUCAUCAACCAGUUUUCUGAAUUAACGAAUAGAAAGAGACAUUCAAAUGAGAAAAACGACAGAACAUUUUUGAAACCCUUGGAUUUGUCAAAUUCGCCACCUUCUAAGCGAUGUAAAGAAGAAGAUGAAAUUAUAGUAUCAUCUCCAUCAAAUAAAAAUAGUGGAAGCAGUCAAAGUCGUCUUACUGAAUAUGCCAGCCAAAGACAAAGCACAUACCCGCCAUUUCUAAACUUUAAAUCUGUUGCCAAGGAAGAAAAUUUUCGUUCUUCUCGAAACGCCUCAAAAAGUUCAGACUGUGACGAUGCGGAAGUACAACUUCCGGGAUUAGCGACCUCGUCUGUAGCCCCUACAUCUGUGGAAAAAUCACCAUCAACGUUAUCAAGCUGUUCUAGCGCUGAGGAAAUAAAUCUUGGGUCUUCUACAUCACCUAACACGUCACGAGUGUCACCCGUAAUGUCAUUGUUUAGACCGGAGAGAGACAAUUCAUACGGCGCAUUCAAAUCUAGUAUUAACGGACCAAUACAAGUCACUUAGAACGAUUAUCAGGAUUUGGUUGGUGAAUUCAAAGAUACCUCGUUGAUCACGAAUACAAGAAUUUGUCAUCGGCUGAUUCAAAAACUCAAACAUUGGAUGAUUGAGUUAGUCACGUGGUUUAUUAACGCUGCACUGUACAAUUUUACUGUAGAUCUUGGAUUCCGGGAAACGCACUUAUAAUUGUACGCCUGGUUGCAACUAUAAUCGGUUGGAACAUUUCAAAUAUCAUCAUAACGUUUAGGUUUACAUUCGCAACUGAUAGAACAUUACAACAGUUUUAAGUAUCUUUGAAAUAUACUACAAUGCAAUUAAAAAUGAACCCAAAUUCAAGAAAACGGUCCAACUGGCUUACUUAUAUAUUCA